AUGUCAUGGAAUACACCUCAGGGUGCUCUCCCAUAUGGUCAACCAAGGCCCUCUUUUCAACCUUCUCAAACUAGACCUGGUUUUCAAACUGCCACAACUUAUGCAGCUAGACCGGUCGCGAGUCAACCUUUUGCACCAGGUCAAGCGCCUCCCUAUGCUGCUACAUCCGUGCGGGUUUGGACGGAGCAUACUGCCCCAGAUGGUCGUACCUAUUAUUAUAACACCGUUACCAAACAAAGUAGCUGGGACAAACCCGAUGAACUAAAAACUCCUGAAGAGCGAGCUUUAGGCUCUUGUCCUUGGAAGGAAUUUACCGCCGACGGUGGGCGUAAAUAUUUUUAUAAUUCUAUUACUAAAGAAUCUAAGUGGGAAAUACCUGCUGAAUACAAAGAAUUUCUUGAUAAAUUGGAAAUGGAAAAGAAACUAUCGCAGAACAGUGAAUCAUCGCCUCAAGCUAAUGGAAAUAUAGUUUCACCUAAUCAGCAAGAUUUUGAGCGGGCUCGCCAAUUGAGUACACCGGCAGUUAGCCCAGUUAAUACAACUCCAGUAAAUGUUUCUGCUAGACCGCUAGGAUUAGCUGGGUCCCAUAUACCAAUAGUUCCUAUUCAGCAAUCCGAGCCAGUAAAAGUCGAAUUCGAUACUAAAGAAGAAGCCGAAGUUGCAUUCCGCGACAUGCUUAAAAAAUCUGGAGUCAAGUCUGACUGGUCUUGGGAACAAACUAUGAGGGCGACCAUUUCAAACCCAAUGUACCGUGCACUCAAGACCUUGAACGAACGUAAACAGGCGUUUGAAAGAUACGUAGAUGACCUUAUCAAGAAAGAAGAGGAGGAAAAGAAAGCGAAAAUUAUUAAAAUUCGACAAGAUUUUAUUUCAUUACUAAACUCACAUCCCGAUAUCAAUUCAUCGACACGUUACAGAAAAGUAUGUGAUUUUCUUGGUGAACAGCCAGCAUUUCUAGCGAUAGAAGAUGAUAGAACACGUGAAGAAAUUUUCAGUGAAUACGUAUAUGACUUAAGGAAGCAUGAAAAGGAAAUUCAACGAGCUGUUCGUAAAGAGAAUAAGGAAAAAUUUAGUAAACUUUUACGAUCUCUUCCAAAUAUCACUGAGGCAACUCGAUGGGUUGAAGCACAAACCAUAUACAUGAAUACUCCCGAAUAUCUACAAGACAAAUCUCUCCAAGAAAUGGAUAUGCUGGAUUUUCUGGCCGUAUAUGAGGAGCACAUCAGAAAUUUAGAACGAGAGACAACAGAGAGGAAAAAGCGGGAGGUUGAAUUACAAGCGAGACAACAGCGCAAAAAUCGAGAUGCUUACAGAGCUUUUAUGGAUGAAUUACGCCAAAAGAGUGUAAUAUCUGCCAAAUCAAAAUGGAAAGAAAUAUACCCACUAAUCAAUACGGAUGAACGAUAUCAGAAUAUGCUUGGACAACCAGGUUCCAAUCCGCUCGAACUGUUCUGGGAUGUUGUUGAAGAGCUUGAUGAGAUUUUGUAUUCGCACCGUAAAAUUGUGAAUGAGAUUAUGAAGUCAAAAGAUAUUUCGAUGUCUUCUGGAUUCACAUUUGAAGGAUUUCAAGAAAUUCUCAGUUCAGAUGAACGUAUCUCUUCAGUUAAUGAGGCUAAUCUCAGAAUAAUUUUUGAACAGCUGCAGAGAAAGCAAGAAAGGAGGCAACGUCGGAAAUUAGAUGCGUUCAAAUCAAUUCUCAGACAUUUUGAAUCAGUGAUUGCGCCUGAAGCUACUUGGGAACAGGUGCGACCAAUGAUAGAAAAAACCGAAGAAUUUCACGCAGUUGGUUCGGAAGAACAACGAAUAGAAAUUUUCACCAAAUUUAUGGAAAGGGUUAAGGAAAAACUUCUUGAAAAAAGUGGCGAAGACAGUGAAGAGGAGGAAGGAACGAUCAAAGAUGAAGAUUUUGACGAAGAUCGACAUGCAUCGUCAGAUCGUAAAAAAAAGCAUAAAAGUCAUCGAUCAUAUCACCAUCGCCGGCCUCAUCAUUCUGACUAUUCGGCUGACAGUGCUGAUCUCUCCGAUAAAGAGAAAGAUGGCGGUGAUAAAAGAAAACGACGAAAGACAAAACUCAAGUAUGAGUCCAGAUAUAUGGAACCCAAAUAUCAAGAGUACAACAAAUUAACUGAUCCGAAACAUGGUGAACAUAAAUCUCUGUCUCCAAAGUCAGAGGUUAUCAAGCAAACAUCCCCUAAGCCAGAAGAAUCAGUUAAAUUUCAAUCGCCUAUUCGAGAUUUUUCUCAACGAGAGGUUAGCAAACAUGCAGAUUCAAGCGCGGAAGAAGGCGA